GAGGCGGGGGCGGUCCACGCAGCUCCCCGAGCCAAUCGCUUUGGAGCGCGCGGGUCCCCGGGAGCAAAGCCAGCACUGCGGGGGGAGCCGGAGCGCGCGAGUUGUGGCGGCGGAACCAUGGUGGGCCACCUGAGCGAGGGGGCCAUUGCGGCCAUAAUGCAACAGGGGGAUACAUCCAUAAAACCCAUCCUCCAAGUCAUUAACAUCCGUCCCAUUACUACAGGGAAUAAUCCACCCCGUUAUCGACUGCUUAUGAGUGAUGGAUUGCAUACUCUAUCUUCUUUCAUGUUGGCAACACAGUUGAACCCUCUCGUUGAACAAGAACGAUUGUCUAGCAACUGUAUCUGCCAGAUUAACCGAUUUAUUGUGAACACUCUGAAAGAUGGAAGGAGAGUGGUUAUUUUGAUGGAGUUAGAAGUUUUGAAAUCAGCUGAAGAAGUUGGAUUAAAGAUUGGCAAUCCAGUGCCCUAUAACGAAGGACACGGGCAGCAGCCAGCAGUUCCUCCUCCAGCCUCAGCAGUCAGUCCACCAACCAGCAGGCCCCAGCAACAGAAUGGGAGCUCAGGAGUGGGUUCCACUGUAUCUAAGGCUUUUGGUGCCUCAAAGACAUUUGGAAAACCUGGACUAGGGAACACAGGUUCCAGCCUAGGGAACAGCUCUGGGGGAACACAGGCCAAAGUGGUGCCCAUUGCCAGCCUCACCCCUUAUCAGUCCAAGUGGACUAUUUGCGCUCGUGUUACCAACAAAAGUCAGAUCCGUACCUGGAGCAAUUCCCGAGGGGAAGGGAAGCUUUUCUCUAUAGAACUAGUUGAUGAGAGUGGUGAAAUCAGAGCGACUGCUUUCAAUGAGCAAGCGGACAAGUUCUUUCCCCUGAUUGACGUGAACAAGGUCUAUUACUUCUCUAAAGGCACCCUGAAGAUCGCCAACAAACAGUUCACAGCUGUCAAAAACGACUAUGAAAUGACCUUCAAUAAUGAGACGUCCGUCAUGCCCUGUGAAGAUGGUCAUCAUUUACCCACAGUUCAGUUUGAUUUCACAGGGAUUGGUGACCUGGAGAACAAGUCUAAAGACUCACUUGUAGACAUAAUCGGGAUCUGCAAGAGCUAUGAAGAUGUCACUAAAAUCACAGUGAAGUCUAACAACAGAGAAGUCUCUAAGAGAAAUAUCUAUUUGAUGGACAUGUCAGGGAAAGUGGUGAACGCUACUCUGUGGGGAGAAGAUGCUGAUAGAUUUGACGGUUCUAGACAACCCGUGAUGGCUAUCAAAGGAGCCAGAGUUUCUGAUUUUGGUGGACGGAGCCUCUCCGUUCUGUCUUCAAGCACCGUCAUUGUGAAUCCUGACAUCCCAGAGGCCUAUAAGCUUCGUGGAUGGUUUGACUCAGAAGGACAAGCCUUGGGUGGCGUUUCCAUCUCCGAUGUAAAGGGUGGAGGGAUAGGAGGGAGCAACACCAACUGGAAAACUUUAUAUGAGGUUAAAUCGGAGAACUUGGGCCAAGGUGACAAGCCCGACUAUUUCAGCUCUGUGGCGACAGUGGUGUAUCUUCGCAAAGAGAAUUGUAUGUACCAGGCCUGCCCAACUCAGGACUGCAAUAAGAAAGUGAUUGAUCAGCAGAAUGGGUUGUACCGCUGCGAGAAGUGUGACAGUGAAUUUCCCAAUUUCAAGUACCGCAUGAUCCUGUCAGUAAAUAUUGCCGAUUUUCAAGAGAAUCAGUGGGUCACAUGUUUCCAGGAAUCUGCAGAGGCCAUCCUUGGACAGAGCACUGCUUAUCUUGGGGAGUUAAAAGAGAAGCACACCGGGAGUCAGUGGGCCUGCAGUCAUUUGAGAUCUAGAAGAACGAGCAAGCAUUUGAGGAAGUUUUCCAGAGUGCCAACUUUCGAUCUUUUACAUUCAGGAUCAGGGUCAAACUGGAGACCUACAAUGAUGAGUCUCGAAUUAAGGCCACUGUGAUGGACGUGAAGCCCGUGGACUACAGAGAAUAUGGCAGAAGGCUGGUCACGAGCAUCAGGAAGAACGCGGCGAUGUGAGCCGAGCCUGCUGACGGGCAGGAGUUUGUAGAUAGAGGGCUGAAGCGAGCAGACCUCACACCCCCGCCCCGCCCCACUCUGCCCCACGCAUGACAGCUCCGUGUUGACUGCACGGUGCAGAGCGCCUCUCUUUGGUGGACUAAGCUGUUGCCUCUCAUGCACAUCUGGGAACCCACUGGCAGCAAAAGGAAGGAUGCUCGGAUGGCUGUGGUGUAAACUGUGUCAGACCUCGGGGUCACCUGGCAGGGAGUGUAGAACCAGUCACUCCCUCUCUCUUAGGCUUUUGUCAGUUUUAUUAAGAUUUCAUUAUCUUCAACCAGGAAUUAUGUCGUGAGUAAUUGACCCUAAAUCUUCAGACAGUGGAAUAAAUUAUGUAAGUAGGGUUUCCGCUUCUCCAGUGGUGACACCUUCGCAACUCCGGUCCUUCUCGGGAGGGAGAGCCGAGAAGUAGCCUUGCAGAGGAGCCUGGGUGUUUCAGUACACGUCUUCCUAGAAUUCAAAGGCUCUCUUUCUAGAGGUGCCACACAGUUGUUAAUGCUUGGAAUGGCAAUAGGGUAGAAUUAUUAAUCAAAGUCGUAUCUUUUAUAUCUGAAGAAUAUCCUUCCUUCAGGGCUUAAUAGACUGAGUCAGAUGGGUCUGAUAUUAAUCAAAAUCGUCUCUUCUGAGAGAGGCUGAUAAGCAUUGACUUGCCGUCCCCUAGGGACACCCAGGCAACUACAAAGCACUGCUUUAGUUUUCCCUUCAAUUCAUGUUGCAUUUGGGUUGGUAUGCCUUUUCCACCUGUACAUAUUUCCUGCAUUUGUAUGUUUCUUUUCUCGAUUAAAGCUACGUUAAAUAGAAGGGAUUUUGAAGAGAGAAGCCCUUUUGUUUCCAUUGCUUUGUUUAAUAAACAGUAUAUUCUCUGCUC